UCAACAAGUAGCAUUAUUCUUUACUAUAUAAUGGGUAGACAACUGCUUGUCAGGCACACGUUAUAGUUGUCCAUUAAGGGGUUUAUAAGCUUUUGGGCCGUUGGAGACUUUAACGAGGUGGAGUCGCUUUUUAGUUCACCGUAUUUCAAAACUGGCAUCUCAUUUGCCGUUAAGCGCGGAGAACUAUGAUGGAGAAUAAAACUUGACGGAACUAGAAAUAUGUCCAUUUAAGUUGGUGGGCUUGUAGUGCCUUUGAGUUCCAAUGAGAACAAUUGUUGUGUUUUGGUAAUUAAAGACUAUAUAAAAUAUAUCCGGUUACGAACUAUUCUAAGUAUAGUGUUCCAGGGGAGGAGAAGCUUGUGCGUUUAUAACCCAUCAGCUAAUCGCACAUAAACCGCAGCUGUCCCGAGCGGGCGCGGAGAGAUGUCAGCCCGCGGAAGCAGAUCUCACCGGUCACUGAGAGCCGUUACUGCGAUAUUCAUCCUGCUUUUUAUCAACAUUGCUGGAACAGCUGCAGACGAUGACGCUUUUAAUGCAGAGUCAUGGCUGAGGAUGUAUGGCUACCUUUCCCAGGCUAGUAGACAGAUGUCCACCAUGCAGUCAUCUCAGAUCCUUUCCAGUGCCAUCAAGGACAUGCAGCGCUUCCAUGGCCUGGAGAUGACAGGACAAAUGGACAUGGCCACUCUGAAAGCUAUGAAAAGACCUCGCUGUGGAGUGCCUGAUCGCUUCGAGAAGUCAACUGAGGGAGGUUUUCGUCAUAAGCGUUUCACCCUUACUGGCCACAAGUGGGAUCAGGAUAAGCUCACUUACAGCAUUCAGAACCACUCGCCAAAAGUCAGCCAGGAGCUAACUCACAAGGCUAUUCGCAGGGCCUUCAGUGUUUGGGAGAAAGUAACACCUUUGCGAUUUGAGGAGGUCCCGUACCACAAGAUAAAGAAUGGAAGUGAAGGGCCUGACAUUAUACUACUGUUUGCCUCUGGAUAUCAUGGUGAUAUGUCUCUUUUCGAUGGGGAAGGAGGGUCUCUGGCUCAUGCUUUUUACCCUGGUCCUGGAAUGGGUGGAGACACUCAUUUCGACAUAGAUGAACCAUGGACCCUUAACCAACAGGAGGGCUCAGGUGUUGACAUAUUUUUGGUCGCAGUUCAUGAGUUGGGUCAUGCACUCGGAUUGGAGCACUCCAAUGACCCUACUGCCAUCAUGGCCCCGUUUUACCAGUGGAUGGACACAGAAAGCUUCUCAUUGGCUGAAGAUGACAUAAAUGGUAUUCACCAGAUCUAUGGACCUCCAGAGAUUGUGACCACUCAAGCACUGUCCACCACAACCUUGUAUACAACCACUGCUGAGCCAGAGACCACCACCAUUAUGGCCCAUUCGAGAACAACCAGACCAUCGCUGCAGCCCACCAAGCCCUGGUUGCCUCCAGUCGACCCAACUAGAAGGACCUACAGACCCCAGCCAACAGCACGCUCUGAUCAGGACGCACCUGACAUCUGCAAGGGGAACUUUGACACAGUCACUGUGUUGAGAGGAGAGAUGUUUGUGUUCAAGGGUCGUUGGUUCUGGAGGGUUCGGAGGAACCAGGUUCUGGAUAAUUACCCAAUGCCUAUCUCCUUCUUCUGGAUGGGGCUUCCUGAAGACAUUGAUGCCGCAUAUGAACGGCAUGAUGGAAAAUUUGUAUUCUUUAAAGGAAGUAAAUACUGGCUUUUCAGAGAGGCAGACGUGGAGCCUGGAUACCCGCAGGACUUGUUUCGUUAUGGUCAGGGCAUGCCUGACAGAGUGGACACUGCAGUGUGGUGGGAACCAUCUGGUUUUACCUACUUCUUCAGAGGAGAUGGAUAUUGGCGAUUUAGUGAAGAAUCCCAUGCUGUGGAGAAAGAUUACCCCAAACCAUUGAGUGUGUGGGGCUCCAUUCCUGGCGCACUUAAAGGGGCCUUCCUCAGCGAUGAUGGAGCAUACACUUUCUUCUACCAAGGCACCAAAUACUGGAGGUUCGAUAAUAAACUAAAGAAGGUUGAUGCUGGAUACCCCAGAUCUAUUUUAAAUGAUUUCAUGGGCUGCCAUGUGACCUUUGACGCUGAUGCAGACACAGAUAUAAAGCCUGACCACAGGUGGCCAGAGACCACAGAUAAGAAUCAAGACCUUGAUGACUACAAAAAUGGUGAUGUGGAUGUUGCUGUUGAGGAUGAAGUUGAUGAAAAUAAUAAUGAUGAUGAUGAAGAGGAGGAGAAAAAGGAGGUGGAUGUUGUUCUAAGGGCGAAUGAUAAUGAACACAUAACAACCCUCAUCUUGGUGACAGUACCUCUGGUCUCUGUGCUAUGCAUUUUGGGAGUGAUCUAUGUCAUUAUUACCACACUCCAGAAAAGACAGACACCCAAAGUGUUAGUUCACUGCAAAAGGUCCCUGCAGGAGUGGGUCUGAUGCUCACUAACAUAUAUUAGCUCUGUUCAAAAGCCUAGUGAGCUGCCUGCCUAGAUGAUAUUUUAAGGUGUCAAAUGUGCACUCCCAACAUGAAGGCUGUAUGAGUAGGCCUUAGUGUCAUUGCAUGCAUACUUGGUGGACAACACAAUCCCAAUACAAUGAUCAGUCAGUAUGUUUACAUGCACUUUACAAGUUUCAUUUCAAUCGAAGUAAAACAGAAAUUCUUUUGUGUAAACGCUUUGGUUCAACUGAACUCAUACAAGUCCACAUACCUAGAUAAUGAGAUUGUAGCUUGGGUUCGUCCAACAUGUAUACACGUUAUUUGGACCACAUUCGGCCUCGCCAUUGCUCCAUGUGUAGGAGCAUUCGUUGCUUGACAGAAACAACAACGUGUGGUGUGUAUUUAACACUUCCUCAGCUGACAUCUUUCAUUCAAAUAUUCGGUUGCGCAUUGUCAUGUGUGCUUGGACAGACAGAUGAAGACUGUAGCUUGACUACUCAGAAAAAGCUGUAGCUCAAUUAUAAAUGUGCAUGUAAACGGAGUAAAAGAAAAUGUGAAGAGUGGAAAGAAAUGACCAUAAGAAAGUAAAUAUUCUUCAAUCCAGUUCAAAAAGUAUCACAAAAAAUAGCAGUAUUAAUAAAAAUAGAUAAUUUUACUCAAUAUUUGUGUGCGAUGUAUGUUUUGUGCAAAUUAAAGUAUAACUUUGUUCGCUUACCAACAUGCUAACGGCAAACCAAAUUGCAAUCAACUGUAAGGCAGGCCACAUCUACACUUAUCCAUUUACAUCCGUUUUCAGUUUCCUAACGUCAUUUUUUUCCAAAGUAUGUGGUAAUGGAAAAUGUUUUUGAAAGUCUCCCUUUUUCGGUAGAUGAAAAGGCCAUUUUAGUGUGGAUGAGAGGCGUAAACAUAGCGUAAUUGAUUCGUUUACCAAAUAAACCUUAGUUUUGAACGUGGCCUAUGUCUGUGUGGUGCAUGGAGUUCAUAGUGUGUUUCAAAUCUGUCACUUGUGAAGUUCGAUUUCAGUUUGGAUGCUGCCUUAAAAGGCAUAGGCAGCAGACAGCAAGGAUGCUUACUAAGUUUUGAACAGAUCUGCUUACACUACUCUAUAGCUGAUAUUGUGCACAUAUGUCUUCCGAGUGACACACACCUUUGUUGUUUGUUUAUGGUGCUCAUCCAAUCAGAACCCUGUUCUGAGCAGAUCAUUUGCAUUUUUGAUAGAUGAUUACGAUUUGUUUAAUGGUCAUUUUGUGUUGUGGUUCUUCUCUGUGAGCAAGUUAGUUAUGUUAUGUGUUUUGCUGUUGAGCCUAGACUUUUUGGUUUUACACUGUGGGAAACGUUGGAUGUAUUUAAAAAUUAGAUUAGCAAAUUUCAGCACAUCCUCUGUUAACCAGCCUCAAUAAUAGAGGAAACCACAAACUCUGUGUCAAGGUCUUGUAGAAAGAAAGAAUAUUCAGGCUCAAUAAAUUGUCUUGCAAACAUUUAGGAGGAUUUACAGUCUCUUCCCUGUGUUGCUGGGGCUGGCUUGCAUUACACAGAUGUUGCUGAUUUUGGACUUUAUGGAGAGAGAAAAAAGGUGGGGGCCUGUAGCCUGCCAGCAUUUCCUCUGCCUGAGUUCCUUUGAGCGUGCCAAAGAGGACAAGGAGGGGGAAUAGAAGUGAGGUGUGCCAUACUGUCACCAUGACCUAGAUAUAGUGUACAGUACCCCCAAACCACCCCUUACUGUUUGUCUUCCUGUGGGACUUUCCUUUUGUUUACCUCACUGUACCCCCAGCCACAGUCUCCCCCCAACUCUGGAGUCUUUGUUUAUGAGAGGCAUUCCUGGCCUUGGGAUCCUGUCUAUCAGUGCCUGGGAAGGCUGUACUGUAUCUGUGCUG